AUGCGUGUCCACGUCGCUGUUCUGCUGCUUGCUGCGACUUUAUUAGCCACGAUGGACGCAGCUCUACAUAUUGACGGCUCUGGCCCACUCAGGACGGACAAUGGUGACAGUUUGGCUAAAAAGCAAGUGCGGAGAACCCACAGCGUUCACGAAGAGAGAGUAGUGGAACAACUUGCAAGUAUCACAACCUCGUGGUGGCUGAUGAAAUUGAUGGUAAAAUUUGCAAUUUUCGGCAUGAAGGCGAGAAGAAGAACUACGCCACUUGGAGAAGCUUGGGAUGAGUUGGACGAAGCAACAGUGGAGAGUAUCUUCGGGCAGGAUUGGAGGGUGAUGGACGACUGCAUCAACUACAUUAGUCAGGGGUCUUCGGACGCGGAAGUGAUAGGGAAAGUAGCGGCUAAAUACGACACAGCCAGGAUGAAAUCGGUGUUCAGCACGGCGAAGAGGAUGGAUGAUCAUCAGCUCAUUAAGGAAUUGGCUACUAGACUGGAGGCGGAGCAGUCCCGUAUGGAGGGAGGCGGAGCUGGCGAGGAAAGAGCUGGCAACGAGGUUGUGCCAGGCAAAGCCAAAGCUGGAUAG